GCGGGUAUAAAGAGAAAUAGACAAAGUUUUCUUGAGGUCGCGCUUAUAGAUCAACAAGUGAAUCGAAAAUUCUAAUCUCUCAGUGCGCGGAGAAAAUAGAUUGGAACGUCGUUCGUUCCUAAACCAACACAAGUAGCACAUCAUGGGCUCCAUUACAAAGCCCAUCAUCGGCGCCGAAAUCUUCCAUGAAAUGCUGCAUCAGCUCGGAGCGAAAGCCGUCUUCGGGUACAAUGGCGCGGCGGUCGUCUCGAUCUUCCACGCUAUUUACCAGUGCUAGUACUUCACCUUUAUUCUGCCUCGUCAUGAACAGGGGGCCGGCCACAUGGCGCAAGGCUACGCCCGUGCCACUCAAAGGCCCGGCGUGGUGCUGGUCACCUCUGGCCCGGGUACCUCCCACAUGGUGACCCCGGUUUUCGCCGCCGCCAUGGACAGUACUCCCCUGCUAGUCUUUUGCGGGCAGGUGCCGCAGCAGGCUAUCGACACGAACGCCUUCCAGAAUGAUCCCAACCGAACAGAUCAUACAGCCGUGCGCAGAGGCCUGCUUAGCCGUCACCUCCGUGAUGGCUCUGCCUUCGAUCUUGGUGGAGGCGUUUCGGACCGCAGAGCGGGGUCGACCGGGUCCGGUGGUGGUGGCCAUCCCGAGGAAUAUCUCGACUGCUUCUCUGGACGGACCGAAGUGAGAUGCACAGUCAUGAUGAGCCUCCCUCUUGCCGCUGAGCGGGGCGUAUGGGAAGGUACAACGGGGACCCCCGGGAUCACAGAUGAGCAGAUAGCAACGAUUGCGGAGAUGCGCAACCAGUCCGAGCGACCGCUGAUACAUGCCGGCCAGGGGGUGGUGAUAUCCUCUCGUAGAGCGGAGAUGGUAAACGAACUGGCUCUGUCCGCCAAAAGCCCAGUGGCCACCACACUUUUUGUGCUGGGGUGCUUCAAUGACGAAGAUCCGAAAUCUCUGGGGAUGGUCGGCCAAUACGACUCGGCUGCUGCAAACCUAGCGGUUCAGGAAGCAGACCUUCUGCUGGUCUUCGGCGCGCGACUUGACGAUCGAGUAGUCAGGGACUCCAAUAUGUUUGCCCUGAAAGCAAGGACAUCAUUGCUGGCGGAAAGACUAGGCUUGGUCCAGAUCCACAUUCACAAAGCGCAUUUGAACCAAGUUAUCCCCGCUAGGGAAGCCGUGGCGUGUGAUGUCGGCGAUGCGAUCUUUCGAGUGCUGCCACAUGUCCACAGUCGCUCCUCCAGACCAGGUUGGAUGGGGCAGCAACUCACAUGGAAGAAGCUCUAUCCAUUCAAGUACGCACAGCAUGAUGGAGGACCGAUUAUGCCACAGGCAGUCCUCGAAGAGCUAGACCGCCAGCUCCAAGGACAAUCGAAGCCGGUGAUUGUCACCACCGGGUCGGGCAGCACCAAAUGUGGACCACGCAAUACCUCCAGUGGAAUAGGCAGCGCAAGAUCAUUACCUCGUGCUCCCUGGACACAAUGGGCUUCGGCCUUCCAGGGUCAUUGGGGCCAAG